CAGCCAUUUGAAACGUUAUGUAAAUCUGCCUCAAAGCAGAACGUUGAUUACUUAUCUCUCGCUCUCUUUUCUCACUCUUUUAAGCAGGAAUGACACAAAUCCCUCGAAAUAAUUGAUCGACUUCUGACGGAAAAACCAGUGAUUGUCUUUGGUCAAGUUUUCGUCGAGUGAAUUUCGUCGAGUCAAUUUAAAUUAGUUUGGUAACAUCUGGCUUUUGUUUGGAAAGACCGCCUCAAGACACAGGAAACAGGGGCAAAUAGUCAAAGAGAUAACAACGCUAUGACUUUUAAACUUCUCUUCGACAACCUAAGUGAAAACGCAACUCAAGAAAGAAACAGCACGCAGGUUAUGCCAACGUUAAAUGAAAAUUAUCUCCCUCUCAUACUGUUAGGCUUUCUUUCAUGCCUCAUAGUCAUUGUAAAUUCUCUAGUGAUCGUUUUGGUGAGCAGAAAUAAGCAACUCCAAACAGUGACAAACUUAUGCUUAGCUUGUUUAGCACUGUCUGAUCUUCUCUCAGGGCUUGUCGCCAUUCCUUUGAUAUUUGCCUGCAAUCUCACCGUUUCAGACGGAUUGCGCUUCUGUAUUGCUAUGGAUCUGGCCUCCAGGUUCAUAGCCAUCUCGACAAUAUUACAUCUUCUCGUCGUGACGUUUGAACGAUACGUGAUGAUUAUCUACCCCAUGAGAUAUUACAGAAUCGUGAGCAAACAACGAAUAGGGGCCUUGAUGAUGUUUGUUUGGACCUUCUCUUUAGCUGUCUCCCUUAUACAACUGAUUUGGAUCAGCCUUGGGUCAACUCAAACACCAAAUGAACUUUACAGUGAUGUUAUUUACAGCUACAGCUGCUUUGUGGGCCUUGUCGCUCUUCCCUUAUUACUCCUCGCGGCCGCUUAUGGACGCAUUUUCUUGGUGCUGCGCGGUCAACUACGAAAAAUUCGACGACAAUUGUCUCAUAUUCGGAACUCGAGAGGUGCUCGGCAAAAGCGGGGACAAAAACGUGCCGUGACCAUUCUAGCCUCAAUGAUUCUCGCCUUCAUUUUUGGUUGGUUUUCGUACUUCCUUAGCUCGAUUUUCCAGGACGAGAAUAUAGUGGUACACUUUCCACCAGCCGUCAAUAUAUUGCUUCUUUUCAUGCGAUUUGGAACUUCCCUUGUCAAUCCCCUCUUGUACACUUUGUUUAAAGAGGAUUUUAGAAGUGUUUUGAGGUUGUUCGUUUUUAGAGAUGAACAAAAUCAUUUGAACCAAAUUCCAUUGAGCACCAAAGCCGGUAGGGCAACGACAUCUGAUUAACAGCAAAUGUGGUAGACUCAGUGACUCCGACGGUGAACCCGCUCUCUUUUCUUCAAAUUCGUUUCCCAAUUUAAAACAGAGUAAUUCACAAAGGCUUCCUCAUUAUUGUGAAUGUACGUAAGAAGGUCUAAAUUAAUUUAAAACUAAAUAAUGUAAAAAAUAGCUGGCCAAAACGCAAUAAUCAAAAUGGCAGAUUUGAAGGUCUUGGUAUAGAAGGAAAAAAGGGGCUUCCAGUAUGUGAGAAAGCUGCAGUAAUGAAUAAUUCUUAAUAAAUGCAAGAGAAUAAUUGAAGUAUUUGGGAAAAAUGCUCUCCUCAGUAUUCAAAUCAAAUGCAAAAUUUUUACUUCAUUG